UGGACACGCUGCGUAGCAACAGGACGCGGAGACGCCAAACACUCGACCGCCAGCUCCCAGGAUGGCGGAACAGGGGGUGACACGGACCAAACGGGUUUUUAUUAACAACUUAGACCUAUACUCUUCAAAUGUAAUCGCCAAGGUAAGGGACUUGGAAAUGCAAAUGUAAGUAUUUGUUAUCCAACGUAUGAUGCCGGCUACCCUACUGAAGGGUCGUUUAAACGUGGGUUAAACUGUGAUAGGAUGGUCGACAUUUCUAAGCGAGGGAUAACUUCCAGCGAGCCGGUCCUUAUGGUGAAAUAAACCCCCACAGGGGGACGCUCCUCCCCGGACACCUCAGCCAUGGUAUAACGCUCAGGUGUGUGUACCCAGUGGUGGAGUGGUACCGGGAGGGUCUGAGCGUUCCCUAACCGGGAGUGUUACCGAGAGGGUCGGAGUCUUACCGGGAGGGCCGGAGUGGUACCGGGGUGGUCGGAGUGUUAACGGGAUUGUUACCCGCCGGUGGAAAAGCGCCAAAAGAGGUGAAAUGCUUGGAGUUAAAGCAGGGAGCUCGGAGUUAAGCAUAAGUUGGCAACAUGCAAAGUGCCAUGUUGAUUGUCACAUUUCUAAUACAAGUUUUCCCCAAUUUAUUUGAUCACUAGCUGGCCAGCCUGCAUCGCGCUAUAUGGGAAUAGGCUAAAUGAAUAAUAUGAAAAUGAGCAGAUUUUAGACAAAGUAGCUAGUUAACCUUCAGUAUGAUUGAUCAGUACAGAUGUUGUAUGGUGGUAGCAUGUAUGUAGCCACAUAAUGUUUUAUUGUGAUGCUGAUGAGACAUGGCUAGAAGGUAGCAGAGAGGUUUGCACACUGCACAUUGCUAUGAGUGUGUGGUAACUGGGCAGAGUAAUUAAAACAUGUUAAUCCGCUCGUCCACUAGGUGGCAGCAACUCUCUGUUGUUACGGUUGAGUUAACCUAUAGUAAAGCACAGAAAAUGUUCAGUCAGUGAUGUGCCCCGGUUUUGCCUUGUUAAAUUAAUCUGCACACUGUGUUCGUCAGGAACGAAAAGAAGCCCCUUCAAUGUGCAAUAAGAAGCCUCCCGUGAGACAGAGUGCAGCAACGGAUAGGGUGCCGUUUCUAGGAGCAAGUUGUAAUAUUGUAGGAAAUCACAGUAAAUGUGCUUAUGUGACACCUGUGCAGUUUUUGUACUCUUACGGAGAGAGGGCCCCCCUGGUGGAUGAUGGACAGACUGCGCCCAAGGAAUAUGAUGAACUCACUGAGGUAUCUCAGUCGGACCACAACAACAAGUGCACCUUUGAGAUCGUCGGCACGGUUACCGGCAAAUCUGGGACUAAACGGCCGCACGUGCUUGAAGAAUAUGAUCCACUACAAAGAGGAGAGCUUCUUGACAGACUGAUGGACUGUGACGUCAUCGUCUUCAACGUCAGCGAGCAGGCGGCCGGAGUCGACGACGCCUCCUGGGCCGUCUCAGAGCUCCACCGUAACAUCGAUACGUUUGAUGGAUCCAAGAUAUUUAUCCUCAUAUCCUCCGUGAUGACUUGGGCACUCAGCAGGCCGCUGGCUGAUGAUCCAGACUUGCCCUUCACUGACGAAGACUACAGGAAGAGAAGAGCGCAUCCAAACUUCAAAAAGCACAUCGACCUGGAGAAGCUGGUGGUUAAAAUGGGCAAAACGAGGAGGAGGAGCUUCUGCACGUACGUGGUGGCGUCUGGACUUCAGUACGGGAUGGGAGAGCAAGCCUUCCACCCGCUGUUCAAGAUGUCCUGGGUAGGAGAGGAGCCCCUCAUACCUGUGUUUGGAGGAGGGGCCAAUGUGUUGCCCACCAUUCACAUACAUGACCUGGCCAGCGUGAUCCAGAAUAUGAUCCACCUCAUGCCCAAGCCGUGCUACCUGCUGGCCGUGGACAACUCCCAGUACACCCUGGAGGACAUCGUGAAGUCUAUAGCCUUGGUGCUCGGACCAAGGGAGACCCAGAACAGGCCCUUCGAGGAGGCCUUCCUCAUAGCAGACUUUACACAGAUGGAGCUGGACUCCCUGUCGGCCGACCUCCGCCUGGAGGCGGUGUGCGUGAAGGAGCUGCUGCCCUUCCGCUGGGAGUGUGAGGCGGGCAUGGUGGACAGCAUGGAGCUGCUGGUGGAGCAGUACCGGACCACCAGGGGCCUGCUGCCCGUGCGCGUGUGCAUCCUGGGACCCCCCGCCGUGGGGAAGAGCUCUCUGGCCCGCAGGCUCUGUCGUCAGUACCGGCUGAACCACGUCACCGUGCAGACCGUCGUCUCCCAGAGCCUCGCACACCUGGAGGCGGCGGUGGAGCGGGGAGGGGCGGACCCAGAGGCCAGAGGCUCAGCGGCCGAGGCACAGAGGCUCCUGGAGACCCUCAAAGAGAACAUGCAGCAGAAUGAAGGGCGCCUGGAGGAGCAGUACCUGCUGACGCUGAUGAAGGACAGGCUGACGUCUGAACCCUGCAGGAACCAGGGCUUCGUCCUGGACGGCUUCCCCAAGACCCAGGAGCAGGCCAGCAGGCUCUUCAGCGCUGAAGAGGACGAAUCUGAGGAUUCAAAGUCCAAGAUGGCUCCCAACGGCGCAGGCCUUGUCCCAGACUUCCUGUUCUGCCUGGAGGCGUCGGACUGCUUCCUGAAGCAGCGGGUGAUGAACCUGCCCCAGAGCGCGGUUCAGGGGACGUCCUACACCUAUGACCGGUUCCCCCAGCGCCUGGCCCGCUACCGGGAGAACCAGGCGCUGGACGGGACCGCCCUCCACUACUUCAACGACCUGGACAUCCUCCCUCAUCACAUAGAGAUCACGGACCUGGAGGACGGGGACUACCUGCUGGCCGUGGAGCAGGUGGUCCGGGCCGUGGGCCCCCCUAGGCACUACGGCCCCAGCAGCCAGGAGCUGGCGGAGGUGGAGGCGGGGGCCAGGAGGAGGGCGGAGGAGGAGCUGACGCGGCGGGCCCAGGCCCGGGCGGAGGAGGAGCGGCAGGAGGAGGAGGAGGAGGAGCAGCGGGCCAGGCGCUGGGAGCAAUGGCGCACCGUGUGGGGCGCUGAGCAGGACGAGGCGAGGGGCGUGGGGGAGGCCGAGGAGCGGGCGGCCAGGCGGUACCUCCUGGAGCACGUGAUGCCCACCUUGAGCCCCGGGCUGCUGCUGCUCUGCACGCAGCGGCCCGGGCACCCCGCUGCCUUCCUGGUGCGGAGGCUGAAUACUUGUUCACCAACAACCCGAUGAACUACUGAUGCUAAGCUCUUUUCUAGACAUUCACAGACGCCUAAAGGCCCAUUCACACCCUACGGUAAAUACGGAUACGGCCGUUUCGUCCGGUCCCGGAGGUGUUUCGUCCGUCAAUGUGUCCGUCGCCUCUGAGCUUAUGAACCCGGAGUGCUCCGGGAGAAACGGAGCAAUACCACCGGAAAUCGAGGCGGCAGCAUAGAGUCAAAAGUCAGACCAUUCGCGAAAAUAGAUAGAGUAGUAUAAUAUCUGAUAUUUAUAUAUAUUGUCUUUAAGUUUUUAUACUUAUAUUAUACUAUUUACCUGACCUUUUUAUUUUAUUGUUCCCCUGCUUUGGCAAUGAGUUGUAACUGGUCAUUUAAAAAUGGCGCAACAUUUGAAGCGUAGACAGGCAUGACAAAAACAUUAAUAAAACAUAAGAUCUCCCCCCAACCAAUUACCUUUUUAUUAAAGGUGCCUAAUAAAUACAUUUGUUUUGAUUUGAUAAGCAUUUUACAGACCCAUACAAUGAUAGGGCGUUUAGUACGGUCCUUCACCGUUGUUUCUUUACCUAUAAAAAGCUGCAGUCAGUGUUUAAUUACGCUGAUUUAUCUUUGAGCAUUUCCUAUUAUAGGCUACUGUGUAAAAUGCUGUUUAGAAUUAAUGUUAGCAUCAAGAAAAGAAAGACCCACCGGUGGGGGGAGAUCUUUCUUUUAUUUAUGUUUUUGCAAUAAUGCAAGCGUGCAUGUUGCAGAAAAUAUGCAACAGCGCCCCCUGGGGUCACACUUUUCGGUGGGUCGCUGAAUUCGAAGUAACACCGGAGACAACAUCAACGUCCGGAUCCGGAGGUAUGAAUCGGCCUUUACAGUGAAGGGGCGGGGGGGGGGACCUCAAUACCAAUACUUGUUCAAAAAUCACCAAUAAAAUGACUGAUACUUUUGUCAAAUAUAUCACUAGGAUAUAAAUAGGGCUGGGUAUCGCCACGAAUUUCCAAGAACGAUUCGAUUCCGAUUCACAAGGUCCGGAAUCUAUAUAAUUUUCAAUUUGAUUCAAUAUCGAUUUAGUUGGAGAUAUUUCAGUUGUAAUACCAAUUUUGCUUAGAUAUGAAAUAUCAUGUAACUAAUGCUGUAUAUUGUACAAGGAACCCUCUGACCUGGUGCAUUAUAACUAAUAUUAAUGUUCACAUUAAGAAUUAACCUCAAAGCAGUUACAUGAAUGUACUUUUUAUCAAACAUGAAAAACAGCCUGUUAGGCUAACAUAUCUUUUUUUAAACCAAAGAAAACCAUCACAUUGUGUGUACCGCAAUCCAGAUAUUUGUCACAUAUAUUUGUAUUUGUGAGCCUUGGACUGUAUUGUAUGUGAGCUUGGAGUGUUGAUUUGGUGGUGUCUUGCUCUAAUUGGUGAGGUCAUGUGACCUAUAUCACCUCGUGUCAUGUGAAUUUGAAAAGAAAACCUGAUGAAGCAACAGCGGAACACGUAGUUCUCAAUAAAUCAACUAAUCAGCUCAUACCAGUGUGCGGUGAUUUGACACUUCUUUGAACAGAUAUUUGUCCUUUGUAAAAUUCAGAUAUUUCACGAUCUACAAAUGCAUUUUUUACUUGUCUGAAAUACAUAAACUCAUACAGAAAAUAAAUGUACAUGUGAAGAAGUCAA